GCCAAAAUGGCCACCACCUCAAGCGCGGAGCUUCUGCAAGCUGAGGCAGAGCUCGUGCGCCACUCCUUAGGCUACCUCAAGUCCAUGGCGUUGCACAGCGCGGUAAAGCUCGGAAUCCCCGACGCUCUCCACCGCUGCGGCGGCGCGGCCUCCUUGCCCGACCUGUCCUCCACCCUCGCCCUCCCUUGCAGCAAACGACCGUACCUGUCCCGGCUCAUGAAGAUGCUAGCCGUGGAAGGAAUCUUCACGGCCGUGGCUGUGGAUGUGGACGUUCCUACCGCCAGCGGCGGCGAGGGCAGCGUCCGGUACGGCCUCAACCCGGUGUCUCGCCUUCUUGUCAGCGGCAGCGGCGCGUGCCUGUCGCCGUGCGUGCUCAUGGGCACCUCGCCGCUGUUCCUGGAGGCUUCCCUCCGGCUGCCCCAGUGGUUCCAGAGGGACGGCCAGGGUGAUCAGCCGGCGUUCGCCAUGGCGCACGGCGAGAGCCCCUACGGCGCGGCCGGCCAUGACACGGAGUUCAACGCGCUGGUGAACGAGGCGAUGGGGUCCGACAGCCGACACAUGGCGGAGCUCGUCGUCCGCGAGUGCGGCGAGGUGUUCACGGGCGUGACGUCGCUGGUCGACGUCGGCGGCGGGAACGGCACCAUGGCGAUGGCCAUCGCCAAGGCCUUCCCGCAUGUCAAGUGUUCGGUGCUGGACCUCCCGCAUGUUGUACAAGGCGUCGUCUCGACACAUGAGUCGGUUGAGUUUGCUGCCGGCGACAUGAUGGAAUACGUUCCACCAGCUGAUGCAGUUCUGCUUAAGUGUGUGCUACACAACUGGAGCGAUGAGGAUUGUGUGAAGAUCCUGACAAAAUGCAGAGAGGCCAUUGCCCAAGGAGCGAAAGCAGGGAAGGUGAUAAUCAUCGAUGCUGUUGUUGGAUCUCCUUCACACUCACAGCAAGUACUUGAAGCUCAAGUCUUGAUGGAUAUGCAAAUGAUGAUGCUAUUCAUGAGCAAAGAACGUGAGGAACUCAGCUGGCAAAAGAUAUUCAUGGAAGCAGGGUUUAGUCAUUACAAAAUACAGCCCGUCCUAGGGAUGCGAUCCAUCAUCCAACUCUACCCAUAGCUCAUAUUGCACUAUCCAUUUUAUAUAUACUUUCCGCUUCCAAGGUGAUACGUAAUAAUUAUUAAAUUUGUGUAUUUCAUUCAAAAGAUUCAAAUGCGACAGCGAUAUGUAAUAAUUAUUAAAUUUAUUAUGUACUUCAUUCAAAAGUCCG